AUGCUCUAUCAGGAUCCGCCGCAAGGCGUGGCAGCGAUCCGACCGGAUGAGUUGAUGGAGCGCUUGCUGAGUACGCUGCGGGGGAAGCGAGUGAAGCGCCCCAGCCCGUGUGAUGCGUGCUCGGCGUACUGUGGACGGCCCGUGCCGCACGCCGCGCAUGUGCCCUCGAUGCACUUGGUUCAUUCGCUGCCGGAUGAUGCGGCUGUGACGGAGGGUCCGUACGAUCCGAGCUGGGUCGACGCGCCGCCGCCAGCGCAGGGACAUGCGCCGGAGGCGGGUGGCAGUCUGAGUGCGCCGAGCUCGCCUGUCAUGUCGGCGAGGCGGAUUCAGUCGAAGGCGGAGGAGCUGACGCGUGUCCCCUUUCAAUCGCGCAGCACGGUGCCCGUGCUGCUGCUGGACACGCGGCCUGCGCAUAUAUUCCAGGGGUGUAUGGAUACGUCUGAUAUGCUGGACGGGAGUGAUGACGUGCGCACUGGUCAUCUGAAGGGCGCGAUCAAUGUACAGAUUCCUACGUUGCUCUUUCGCCGUACGCAGCGUGCGCUGACCUCGAGUCCUGCGCUGUUGGACAGCAUUGACAUUGCCUCGUACAUCCAGUCGGAGGCGGGGCGGCGGAAGCUGCGUUCCAUGUGCUGGGCGCAGGAGCUUCCGCCCGUGUCGAAGGCGGUGGAUCCGGCUGUGCUGAACGAGCUGAUCCGGGUGUUUUGGUUCAUGGAUAUUGUGGUGCUGUACGAGGAUCGCGCGUCGUCGUUCGCCGCGUACCUUCUUCUGCGCACGAUUGCGGCGAUCCGCGCGCGUGCGUCGGAGCGUGUGCCGCCGGAGCUCACGUCGCGCCGAUGUGGUCUUUACCAUGUGUUGGGCGGCGUGCGUGGGCUGCGGGAGAAUCCGGCGUGGCUCCCGUUUUUUGAGGUGGGCGACUCGUAUGUCGAGCAGGAGGAUCGGGAGACGGCGCCGAUCGAGGAGCUGGCGCUGCCGGGGUCGGGGUGCGACGCGCGCGCACGGCGUCCGCCGCUGCCGCGGCUGAACACGUCGGUCUCGGACGUGGCGCCCGCGCCGUCGCUGUCGUCGGGCACGGAGGGUGCGCUGUCGCGGCCGCUCACGGCGGGGCUGUACGUGAUGACUGAUCGCGCCGAGCCGCUGUGGGAUGCGCCGCGCACGGCGCGGGAGCCGGAGGAGGCGACCGACUUUGAGGUAUCGACGAUUGUGCCGGGCCAGCUGUACCUCGGCUCGCACAUCCAGACGCCGGCGGACGCGCGACAGCUCGAGGCGCUCGGCAUCCGCGCGGUGCUCAACACGGCCGCCGAGCUGCCUCUGUCGCAGGAGGAUCCGCACUCGCCGAUGUCCGUGCUGCGCGACACGUCGAUCCGUGACUAUCUGCACAUCCCGAUGCGCGACGUGGUCGAGGCCGUGGGUGUGCAGCAGCAGCUGCGCGAUGCGUGCCGCUUCCUGGAGCGCAUGCGCGCGUGUGGCCGUCCGACGUUUGUGCACUGCCGCGCGGGCAAGUCGCGCAGUGCGACGUGCGUGAUGGCCUACCUGAUCCAGACGCGGCGCUGGACGCUGAAGCAGGCGUAUGCGUUUGUGUCGGCGCAGCGGCCGCGCACGUCGCCGAACAUUGGCCUGAUGGCCGAGCUCAUGCACUUUGAGCGCGCGGUCCUCGGCUCGUCGCUCUCGAUGUGCGUGUCGCCGCAGCGCGGCGAUGCACCGCGCACCCCUGACUCUGUACGAUAG